AAUCGUACACAUGAGAUUAACCAAAGCAACUAAGACAAAACAUACUGCCAUAAACAGAAGGUCCAAGAAUGACAACCUCAUAUCUCCAUAUCUAAACACCUUUGAUCCCAGCCUGUAUGAAACCUGUAUAUCCAAAUGUUUGUUUGGGGCCAAUCUUGUUGCAACCGAAAAUACCACAGAUCUGUUGAAUAAAGCUGCAGCCUGCAGAGUUUUCCAAGUACAGUUAUCUACUCUGAAAUUUAGAUGAGUUCAUCCCCUGCCGACGGAAUCGCUGAUCCAAAAUUUUACCACAUGCUAAACUUUACGAAACCUCGAUCUCCUUGUAAACGUGAAAGUACCUUUGAGAUCACUUUUAAUGGAAGUGAUUCUUGUAUCUCCACCUUACCUUAAUAAUGAAAUCAAAGAUUUUAGAAAUAUUGAUGCUAAGCGAACAGAUCUCUCAGGAUCCUUUGACUUGCCAGAAGACAAACACAAAUCCCCUGAAAAACUAAUUGAGCCUCAAACAAAACCUCGGUCGUCAACUGCAAGGCACCCUUAGACAAAUCGCUUUCAUAAUCACCUUGUUCAAAACGCCUAACUUUGAUCUUCAUCUUCCUCGAAACCUUAGACAUAUCAUGUCAUCGUAAUCACCUUUAAAAUUGUUUCGGACACAUCACCAAACUACACAGCGGUUACCUUCUUGAAUCCUCUUUUGAUUCACCAGAACACGACGAGAAAUCCUAUAAAACCCUAAUUGAAUUAAACCUCAACCAAAACUUCGAUCUUCAUCUUCUUCAAACACUCAGAGAUAUAGCCUUCAAAUUUGCCUCUGUCAAAAAAAUCCUAUAUGCAUCGAUCUUCACCUUUAUUGUAUAUUGGAAAUCAUCGAUGAAACCUUCUGAUACACAAUUCUGUGAUUAUCUCUUUUAUUAAUAUGAGUAAUUAAUAUAUUAAACAUUAUUAGUAAAUAUACAUGUUUUGAUAAUUGGAAAAGAAAAUGGAAUGUUUUGUAAUUAAUAGAAAAUUUCAGGGGUAGAAUCAUAAGAAGUAUUCUGCUUUAAUAGUAUAGAUGUGCAUGCAUUAUUUUGUACAGUCUCGUUUAUACCUACUCUUUCAUUACUUUCAGAUUAAAAAAAAUUAACGAGUCAAUAUCUCAUAUCAUUUUCAAAAUAUUUGAGAUAAGUAUCACGUAAUAUAUACUCUCAUGUUUCUCUUAUUGUGCCGUUUUAGUUUUUUUUUUUUAAGUUUAACAUUUGGCACAAAACAUUAUAUUUCAGAAAUUUUGUAUGUAAAAAUAUUGACAACUAAAACAGUGUUGAACAGAAAAACAUUAUUUUCAGAAAUUUCAUUAUAAAAUAGAAACCCAUAUUAGAUAACCUUUUUCUCAGCAAAAAGGAAAAAAAAAAUCGCGAAAAAGUUAAAUUUUCCUCUCAUUUUCGUCAGCUGAUUUUCUUCUGUGCGGAAAGCAAAAUUGUAAUGCGGAGUGAUACACAGAAUAUAAAGAAAUAGAGAGCAUGAUAUGUCCUAAAAGGCUACAAAACCAAUGCAACGAAUGGAGGAGAGCAAAAAGUCGAAAUGCAUGCAAAUACUUUCCUAUUUGUUAUUGAAUUUUGUCUUUGACUUCUCAAGUUUUACUAACUGUCUUCUAAAUUAUUUAUUUUUGCCAACUCAUGCAACUGUUUCUAAAUUUUAAUUGUUUUAAAGUUUAGAAACUUAACAUUUUAAAUUUUCUUUUGGACGAGGAUUUGUGACACCCAAUAAUAACUUAACCUUGCUAUCCUAGUUUCUUGACUCCAACAUUUAUUUUAUGUACAAUAGUUGUCACUCAAUUAGAUUCGUAUCACUACAAAAAAAGUGAUUAAAUCACUUAAAUUGUAUCAGAAAAUUAAAUGAUUCUGUUUUAAAUUACUUAUCUACAAAUGAGACAAACAUAUAUUAUUUAGAAUCAAUUAUACUCCAUCCUAAUAAGUAAUGUCAUUAUUAAUUUAUUUUGCAUCAAUUCAAUAUUAGUGAUAUGCUUUUUAUUCAUUUGUAUCGAUUUAACACAAAUAAUAUUAUUAUAUGUAACUGUAUCAAAUAAAUAAUUGAUACAUUUACUUAUUUUAUUUAACAUCACUUAUAUAUUUGAUACAAAACUUACAUCACUAUAAAAAUGAUACUAAUAAAAAUUAUGUAAUUAUAUAUUAUUCUAACAUCUAUUUAAUUGAAAUGAUAUCAAUCCAAUGCAACUAGCUCUUGAUCUCCGAUAAAACAGCUCGAUCAUAGUUGUAUUAUCCAUUCGAGCUCGAUCAGAGAUGUCUUAUCGGAAAUCGAGAGCUAGUUGCGUUGAAUCGUGUGUGGGCGCGGAGGAAUUCUCCAGCAGAUCGAUUAAAACAGAUCGAAAAAUAAAAUCUUUAGUGAGUUGGAACCAGAACUCGAUCGUGGUGGUAUUAACCAAUUACCUUCAUGUUAAGAUGUCAAUAUCCACAUUUAAUUUUGUUUACAUGUUAAUAUAUAUAUAUAUAUAUAUAUAUAUAUAUAUAUAUAUAUGUAAACAGAUCUUAAAAGAUAUAAUUUUUUUUAUAUAAUUUAUUAUGACAAUAUUUUUGUUCAAUAAAUUUUAGAAUUUGAGAUAAAAAUAAAUGAAAACUUAAAGUAGAAUAAGAAAAAUAAUAACAUAAAAUAAUUAAAAAAACUAACUAUCAUAUACUUUUCUUCUCAAAGGAAAAGACAUUAUUGUCCAAAAAAUCAAUUGACCCCACAGAAAAAUAUCUUACAUGUGAAAAUUGUCUCGAAGUAUAAAGGUAAACUCAAAAUGUGAUCUAAAUAUUAAUCAACUCUAGACUUUAGCUGCAUUUGGAAACCUCACAUGUAUCUACGUAAAUGCCAUUUAAUUUACACUAACCAACUUAUGUCUUCUGUAAAUAAAUACACUUACAGAUUCACAAACUUCUCCAAUCUUCAACUUUUAUCUGAGAAAACAGUAAACCGUGUUCUUAAUAAUGUCGAUGAAAGUUGUAUCCAGUCUUGCUUGUCUAUUUGUCACCGUUCUGUCUCUCAAUGAGAAGUAUACACACUUUCACCAAGCUUCGCUGGUGUUAGUUGUCGACUUGAACGGCGGCGGCAACUUCACCACCGUACAGAGCGCCAUUGAUGCGGUACCUGAUUCAAGCUCUUUCAGAACUCUCAUCGUCAUAAACCCUGGUAUUUACAGGGAAAAGGUUACGGUCCAUAAAAAGAAGACAAACGUUGUGCUUCAAGGAAAAGGGUAUCAAAAAACAAUCAUAGAGUGGAACGAUACAGCCCUAUCAUCAGGAGGCACUUUCUAUAGCUUCUCUUUUGCUGUCUAUGCGGAUAAUUUCGUGGCUCACAAUGUCAGUUUCGUGAACACUGCCCCGGAACCGAGACCUGAAGUUAAAGGCGCACAAGCCGUUGCUAUGCGGCUUCAAGCGGACAAAUCAGCGUUUUAUGGCUGUGGCUUCUACAGCGCACAGGACACGCUGCUCGAUAGCGAAGGCAGACAUUUCUUCAAGGAAUGUUAUAUCCAAGGCUCUAUAGACUUCAUUUUCGGCAAUGGAAGAUCAAUCUACCAGGAUUGUACUAUCAGGUCAAUCGCUAAGGAGACUAGUUCGGGGAUAAGCGGAAUCAUAACAGCUCAGGCAAGGGACUCAGAAUCUGACCAAACAGGAUUCUCCUUUGUGAACUGCACCAUUUCUGGAACCGGGAAAAUAUGGCUUGGGCGAGCUUGGAGAACCUUUUCUACUGUCGUAUUCUCUAACACCUAUAUGUCGGAAGUCAUCUCACCGGAUGGAUGGAAUAACUUUGGCAACACGACCAGAGACAGGACUGUGACUUUCGGAGAACACAAGUGUUUUGGAGAAGGAGCUAACUACACCAAGAGAGUUGCAUACGGGAAGCAGCUAACUGAUGCUGAAGCAGCGAAGUUCACUGACAUUUCAUUCAUUGAUGGGCAACAGUGGCUUAACCAAUCGGACAUUUUUCUCCAAGCUGAACUCUGAAGAUACCUCAUCAGUUCUUACUUACUGAUGUAGCUAAGUAAGGUCUUCUUAUUAAGUACUUAUAAAAAAAAAGGUAUCAAGGGUCUAUUCCUUGCUAGAAAUGAAAGUAACUAGAUAUUGAAGCUGGUAUGUAAUUUAUGCAAGUUAAUUAAAUCGUGGUUGACAUGGUUGAUAUAAUUUGUAUGACUACAGUGUGGUGGUAAUUGUCUCAUUGAAGUGUUUUUAUGCAUCUAUGUGUGUUUGGACAUAGAACAUAACAGUAUAGACUCUAAAACAGCAAGCAUGCAUGCGUACACUUAGCAUUAACCCUCAAUGCCAACAUUCUUUUGAACCAAAGUUUUUAGCAUUCUUAUCCCUAAGACAAAUAUAAUUCUAUCAACUUCUCUGCUUGUCCCUACAAGAUGAAAACUGCCUUCCUCUAUGGAUCUUCACCUAAGGAUCUGCAUACAGACCAAGAAUGGACUUGCCUUUUCCGUUUUCUGCAGUCUCAAACACACAACCUUUACAGUAGCUAGUGUCUAAUUCAACUGUGAAACUGGAAUGAUCAUUUUAUUUUAGCACAUUCAAUUAACUUGAUCUGCAAGUAAAGAUCCAUUUUUUGUCAACAAUAGAAACAACAAGGCUUGAGAAGCUAAAAUUGGUUGUUAUCUAAAGGGAAAAGCUUUGUAUACUAUGAACCUGAAAGCGUCAGUUGAUCCAAUAGCAAUGAUGCUAUGGAAACAU